AUGAAGGCUUUCGCUACCCUCGCUCUCGCGGGUCUUACCACUCUUGCAACAGCGAAUCCUAUCUCGCCCUCUCGCACACAUAUCCAGACCCGCCAAGAUAAUAGCACGUCUACAGCACCAUGCGCCCAGGUCUCACAAUACAUGUACGGCGAUGGAACGUCAGUCGUCAAGCAGGAGAUUCCCGCAGAGCUGGCGUGGAAUUGUAUCAAAGCCGUUCCCUUCAACGCCACUUCAGGCAAGCGGCUCAUCCGAGCCAUUCGACCAUACAUUGACUGGCAGAGCACACUUUCGCAGCUAAAGAACCCUCCUGCUGAUUAUGCGGAUAAGGUUCAACCGCCUAUCGAUAUCAUUGGUGGACUCGACAAGAUUGAUUCCGAUAUCGACUCCGGACGCUUCCAGAACGAGUACGACUUUGGCUGGACGCUUUACACUCUGAUCCAGUCUGCCCAUGAUGGUCACUUUGCCUACAUUCCGGACUCUGUUGGUGGCAUCUUCACCUGGGCUCGACGUGUCCCACUAGUGUCCGUUUCUGAAGAUGGCACCCAGCUGCCUGCUGUGUUUGUCUUUGCCGACGUGCUGGGUAUGCAAUUCAAGAAUAUCUCCUAUACGCCGUCUCCUGUUGUGGAGAUUGAUGGUAAAAAAGCAACAGAUUUUCUUGAAAAUCUGAGCCAGCUUGGCUCGCUUCAAGAUCGCGACGCCCUCUACAAUAAUCUCUUCUACGAGCUUGCGCAAGUCAGCCUUGGCGCUUCUGGCAGCGUGACUGGUAUGUUUACUGGAGGUGGCCGUGGACGAUUCGUGUAUCCUGGAGCUAGCACGACCUUGAAGUUUGCCAACGGUUCUGAAUAUACGAUGCAGAAUUACGCUCGUACAUCGAUCAGUUUCCGCAAUGUCAGCACCGGCGAGGAUCUGGCUACCAAGUGGUUUAGCUGGGGCCGCGAAGCGGACGAGGUGCAAAAUCAGUCCAAGCAGCUAAACACUGAGAUUCCUAAGACCAUUUCAACUGCCGCCUCAACUGCCAUCUCCGCUGCGGUACCUCCUGGAUACCCUGCUCCCAUCAUUGCAGGCCCUCAGAAUCUCAUCAACGGUUUCUACAUCGAUGCCCCCGGUUACGAGGAUGUUGCGGUAUUGCAGGUGCCGAACUUUGUGGGUUCUACCAGCGCAGAGAUACCCUUCCAGCGUGUUACUCAAGACUUCAUUCCUCGAGCACUGGCGGAUGGCAAGACCAAGUUGAUCAUUGAUCUGCAAGCCAAUGGAGGAGGUACUAUCCUGCAAGGCUACGACAUGUUCAAGCAAUUGUUCCCGGAUUUGGAUCCGUAUGGUGCCAACCGAUUCCGUGCGAUUGAGGCUGUUGACCUCAUUGGUCAGUCUUUCAGCGCAUAUGCCUCGCAGUUCGAGCGAGAGUCAACAACGAACAGCACUAUCCUGCAGGCUCAGGCCUCUUACUUUGAUUACCACUAUGAUAUGACGGUGGAUGCGAAGCCUUUCUCGUCGUGGGAAGAGAAGUUUGGUCCUCAAGAGGUGAAUGGAGACAAAUACACCACUCUAAAUCGCUGGAAUCUCUCCGAUGUCCAUAUUACAUACUCUUCCGGUGGUAUCAACAUAACUGGAUACGGCCCCCUCGCCAAUGUUACUGGGCCACCCAAGUUCAACCCGGAGAAUAUCGUCCUUUUGACAGAUGGCUACUGUGCAUCGACAUGUACCAUCUUCAGUGAACUCAUGACGAAGCAGGCCGGUGUCAAGACCAUUGCCAUGGGAGGUCGCAGCAACAAGAACCGGAUCCAAGCUAUCGGCGGCGUCAAGGGCGUGAACAACUACCAGUUUGGCUAUAUUCAACAACUGGCGCAAUAUGCUAUUCGAUACACUCCAUCGCUCAACAGCUCCAUUCUUAAGAGGGACUACUACAGUGACCUUCCCUUUAAUCGUGCUAGCGGUGCUCCUGGUGUAAACACCCGCGAUGGACUUGCUCAGAACGAUACCUCGGGUGUUGCAUUGCAAUUUGUCUACGAGGAAGCUGACUGCCGUCUCUUUUACACCCCAGAGAUGACUGUUGACAUCACUGCCGUUUGGAAGACAGCGGCUGAUGCGCAAUGGGGAAACAGCGGCAAAUGCGUGUCAGGUUACAGCCAGAAACGCAACGCUCACAAGACCACCACCAAGCUGAGCCCAAGGCGCGUCCAUAUUUCGCAAGCGCAGGUCCAAGGAUUCGAGGACAGUUUCGCGCUGCAGACCCAGUGUAAGAUGACUGGUGACGGAUUUAUGCAUCCGUAA